AUGACAUCAUCUCAGAAACAUGAUGAUGAUUGGAAACAGUGGCAACAAUGGCUUGAUUUAUAUGUAGAACGUCUUAAAAAAGAAAUUGACGGUAAUAGUACAGAUAUUGCUCAAUUAAACAAGAAACGAUUACAAAUUAUGAGAGAGAAUAAUCCAAGAAUUGUUUUGCGUAAUUAUCUGGCUCAACGUGCAAUUGAACAAGCCGAAAAGGGUGAUUAUAGUGAAGUGAGAAAUUUACUUGAAGAACUAAAAUAUCCAUAUGAUGGAAAAGAUAAAGAUGACAUUGAACUACAGAAACCAGAUGAACGAACACAGGGCGGAGAACAAGCACAGGCAAUAACUGAUCCAACAGAAAAAUGUUAUACUGGUGCCUGUUUAAAACCAAAUUUAUAUGAAUCACGUCCACCAUCUAAUGCAGCUCGUAUUCGUGUUACCUGA